CUGCUGUCUUCUUAAAUAUCCAAAAUAUACUUGUUUCCUAUGAAAGAUUAAAGAAACGUAACAAAAAUCACUGUAAACUACUUACCGGAAAAAUUAAAAAAAUGGAAAAAACGGUUAGUGCACUACAAAACGAGCUACGAGAAGCCAAAGACGUGAUAUCACGGUUAGAGCAUCAAAAAGUGGAAUGGGAACAUGAAGUAUGCAGUUUGAGAUUUACUUUAAAACAAGAGGAAGAAAAAAGAAGAAAUGCUGAUAUGUUGUAUGAAAAAAUUAGGGAGAAGUUAAGAAGAAUAGAAGACCAAUAUAAGAAAGAAGUUGAAACAAAACAAGGAUUUGAACUUGCUCUUAGAACAGUAAACAUGGAAUUGAAGGCCGCAAAAGAUAAUUUGAAUCAGCUUUCUGAUAGUCGUGAGAAAAUACAAGAUCUGUUGCAUAAAAACCACAUGUUGCAGGAUGAAAUCGCCAUGCUAAGACUGGAAAGAGACACCAUAAAAAAUCAGAACCAGAGAAAGGAAACGAAAUAUUGUGAAGACAUUGAAAGUGUAAAGGAAAAGAAUGACAACCUUCAAAAGACCAUAAAACAGAAUGAGGAAACAUUAUCAAAAACAAUAUUCCGAUAUAGUGGACAGCUUAAUGUUCUGACUGCUGAGAUUACGAUGCUAAAGUCUAAACUGGAGAAUGAAAAACAAAAUAAAGAGAGCCUGGAAGCAGAAGUUGAAUCAUACCGUGCUAGACUGGCUACUGCUGUACACGAUCAUGAUCAGAGUCAGACAUCAAGAAGAGACCUAGAACUUGCUUUCCAGAGAGCAAGAGAUGAAUGGUUUCACUUACAGGACAAGAUGAAUUUUGAUGUGUCUAAACUACAAGAUAACAAUGAAGUUCUUUCUCGGCAACUUUCUCAAGAUGAAAGUAAAUUCAAUGCCCUGGAAAUUGAGCUCCAUCACAUAAGAGAUGCUCUCAGAGAAAAGACUUUACUUUUGGAAUGUGUACAAAGGGACCUAAGCCAAACACAAUGCCAGAAGAUGGAAAUUGAACACAUGUAUCAGAACGAACAAAGUAAAGUGAAUAACUACAUUGCAAAGCAGGAAUCCUUCGAGGAAAGGUUAUCUCAACUACAAAGUGAAAAUAUGUUGCUUAGACAGCAACUAGAUGAUGCUCACAACGAAGCUGACAGUAAAGAAAAGCUAGGGAUUAAUAUCCAAGACCCGUUUCAGAAUAUCCAAAAAAAACCUUAAAGCUAAACGUGGAGAACAAGGUCUUAUGCUGGGAGAAAGAAAUAAAGAGUUAAUCGAUGAAUGUAAACACUUAGAAGAAAGAAUGUAUAAGUAUAAAAAUGAGAAAGCAAAAUUAAAAGUAGUUGUGAGACAACUUCAACAAGGACUGGCUGAUACUCUGAAGAAACAGUCUAUGUCAGAGGCUUCCCCCGAGGUUACGUCACAUCUUCGUCUGGAAGAUGAGACACGGGAUCUCAAGAAGAAAUUAGGUCGAAUCAGAAGUCAGUUGCAAGAAGCACUGGAACGACAUGCAGAGGCCGUAAGAUAUGCUGAGGAGAUGAAAGAUCAUAUGCAAAAGUAUAAUUUAAACCUCACAGAAAAUAACUUGUUUACUUAUAAAGCAGAUAAGCAGUGUAGUAUGGGAAAUGUAUUACUUAUGCCAGUAUAUCAUUGUUCAGCUGGAUACAAAUUCCAGCUUUGAGCUAUUUUGAAAUGCAGA